AGGAAUUGAAGGAUUGUGGUUUGGUUUUAUACCGUUUCCAGGGAUGUCUCAAGAAGCUAUGAUCGAGGAAUAUACGAUGAAUAGAACGAUCAAGUUGUACCCUCUGACGAAUUACACAUUCGGAGUCAAAGAUCCUUUGUUCGAGCGUGACAAGACGGUGCCAGAAAGAUUUCAGCGUAUGCGAGAUGAUUUUGCGAAAUUUGGAGUACGAAGGAGUGUGGAAGGCGUGUUGCUGGUUCAUGAACACGGACUGCCGCACGUGCUGCUACUGCAGCUAGGAACGACGUUUUUCCGGUUACCCGGUGGAGAGUUAGAUCCUGGGGAAGGAGAAACCGAAGGACUUAAACGGUUACUGAUGGAAACGCUCGGUCGCCAAAACUCUCCUCCCCCAGAAUGGAAAAUUGAAGACACAUUGGGGAACUGGUGGCGCCCGAAUUUCGAACCUCCGCAGUAUCCGUACAUACCCCCGCACAUCACUUCCCCGAAGGAGCACAAGAAGUUAUUUUUGGUCCAAAUUCCUGAAAAAGCGAUGUUCGCCGUUCCGAAAAACUACAAACUUGUUGCGGCCCCUCUUUUCGAGCUGUACGACAAUGCUCAGGGUUACGGACCCGUGAUCUCGUCUUUGCCAUCGGCCAUGUGUCGAUUUAAUUUUAUCUACAUGUGA